AUGAGCCCCUUCUUCGGAGAUUCAGGCACUCAAUACUCAUACAAGAGACUCUCAGGUGCUCCAAGGAGACCAUGGGCAGCUAGUGAUUCUUCAUCCAUUGAAGUAGUGAACUCUUUCAAGCAUCCGCGACCACCUACACCUCCACCAAGAACAUCAUCGUGGACUUUUUCACAGCGCAUCCCCAAGCAAAGACAUACCACCCCAUCUGAAUCGCCUAAGCAUCGCUUAAGGAGAACAUCAAAGUGGCCGUCCCUCAGGUCCCAAGUUGACUCUUCUCCGACCCAAGACCCUCACACGCUCAUAGUUAAACUUAAAAAAAUCAUGUCUUCACCGGGUGGUCCUACCGCCACCACUGGCGGAACUUCCUUAACUGGUCCUGACCGGGAUCGGGACCGCCAGGCUACCACGACUGCGAAGCACAGCCUCCCCAUGCCGGGCUUGUCCGGGAAUGCCAAUGGACCAAUCGGUAACUUACUCAAGGGCCCUGUCGAUGACAGUGGUAGGCUCAAGGAUGCCGCUCUCUUGGUCGGGAUCAAGCUUGAUCUUGAGGCUGAAGUCCAUGCCACGGCUAGGGUCCGCGGUGACAUCGUGGUUGGGUUAUAUUGA